CCGAUUCCGCGACUCAGUGGCUAAAUGGACGGGGAACACAUCACACUGGGCUUCGAAAGGGGUCGUCCGGCCCGGCGAAUGCCUAUCCAUCGGCUGGUGCUGCUGAUCCUGCUGAUGGGCAGCAUGCUGAUCGUCCUCUUCGCCUACUGGGAUGUGAUGAUGCUCACCGCCGGCGCUGUGCCCAUGGCUAGGGAUACGAAUUCCAUUGGCUCGGCAGAGCUGGGCAAUGAAACCCUAGCCGAGAAGCUCCAUCGGGAGGUGAGGAUUCUGUGCUGGGUCCUCACCACCCCGAAAUAUCACAAAACCCGCGCCAUCCACGUCCUUCGCACUUGGGGCAAGCGCUGCAACAAGAUCUACUUCAUGACCUCCGAGCCGGACGACGAGCUGCCCACCGUGGUGCUGACCAAGCCGGACCGAUACGAGGUGCUCUGGGGCAAGACCAAGGAGGCCUUCACCCACAUCCACGAGCAGAUGGGCGACGAGGCCGACUGGUUCAUCAAGGCGGACGACGACACUUACGUCUUUCUGGAAAACCUGCGCUAUAUGCUCUAUCCCUACUCCCCGAACAUGCCAAUUUACUUCGGAUUCAACUACAAGAUGGUCGGCACGCACCAGAAGAACGAGUCGUACAUGUCCGGAGGCAGUGGCUACGUGCUCAGUCGCGAGGCCUUAAGGAUCUUCGCCGAGGGCCUCAAUGACACCGCCAAAUGCCGCCAGGAGGACAACCACGCCGAGGACGUGGAGAUGGGCAAGUGCCUGUUCAAUCUCGGCGUGAAGGCGGGCGAUUCCCGCGACGAGCAGCUCCGCAAUCGCUUCUACCCGGUGGUUCCCUAUGGAGCUCUGCUCUCCGGAAACGUGGGCAUGGAUUUCUGGCUGUACAAAUACGCCUACUACAACGCGCGAGCGUGCAUGGACUGCCUGUCGGAGUAUCCGGUGGCCUUUCACUAUGUGAACAAGGAGCAGCUGUAUGUGUACGAGUACUUCAACUACCAGUUCCAGCGCUCCGGCCGACUUCAGGUGGAGGAGCAGCUGCCCAAGAAGAUCAGGGAGGAGGACCUGGUCAUCCCCGAGAGCGACAAUCCGGUGACCUAGGCUAGGUUUCCCUCUCCGCCAGCAACAAUCUCUACUUUUUUCAUCUCUCUCCAAAUGUUUUUUUUUUUUAUCAUGCUUAUCGUAUAUUAAAUAUAUUGGGUAUAAGGCGGACGUGCCAAGUCUGCCAGAUGCUGUCUUGUUGCGACUCCUCGUCCUUGUCCGAUCCACGUCCUAGUUUAUCUAUUCAUGUAUUUAUUAUUGAACAGCUCGUGGCAGACGGGCCACACAAAACCGGCCAAAAGGACAAUGGACAUGCCAGUGGGGUGGACCUUCAUGCGUUAUGCCCAACGUAGACUUACAAGCCCUCGUUAUAGCAAUAUACUUUGGUAUUUCUCAAUAUAUUCUUAUUACUUGUUCAACAUGGUUUUAGCUUUUGAGUUAAAUAAAAUGCUGUUCAUUCGUUAUUGAGCAUUUUGGCCAUUGUAUAUAUAUUAUAUGUGUUGUUAAUUAACGUAGUAACGAAUCGCGCAGAGAGUGAGUUUCUCGAAAACUGAAGACUAUACAUGUCUUAAGUUAUUUAGCAUUCAAUCGGCUUUCCGUUGAAAAGAAAUGAUCGAAUAAAAACGAUUUAAACUCUUGUAAUUGCUUACCCAAAAAUAUAAUUGCUUUUAUUAACAUAAUUUGAUAUUUCAAAAUUUGAAUGUUUGAUGUGCGAUUGUUACGACUUUUGCCUCGUUGAGAUCGGGUUUUUGUUUAAUUUUUCAUUAUCAGAUUAUGUUUAUUUUUAAUUUAAAUACAUUAUAGGUAUUAAAUUUUCACGGUUCUACAGUAGUUAAUAGAAAAACUUUCUACGAACCCUGCCUCUUAAGUAAAAUAUCUAGAUUUAUAUUUCAAAUGUGGAUUUUUUUUUCACGAAGGUUCACCCUAGAGGACUUUAGCAGGACUCGGGCAGACAGUUUUCCCGGAAUGCAGGAAAAGAGAAAAUCGAACCUGACAGCACAGUGUAAGCUUUCAGCUUUCAGGGGCCACCGAGUGAUUUGCAUUAAUUUAUAUAGUUGACAAAAAAUUCUAGGAACGCCACUCAAACGAAUACAAACAUUAGAGAAAAUAAGAGUUGAAUUUAUUCUACUAAUACAAAAAUAUAUAUUAUAACUUCAAAUUUAUGUCUCACUAGUCUCAUUUAUAUUCUAAAAAUCAAUAGGAAAUAUUUGUUUCAUAAAAAGACAGCAUUUCUUAAAAUUUUAUUAAACAUAUGAUUGCAACUGUCAUGUUUUUGGUCCCAUUAUUAUUUGGUAAACAUUAUUGCCACCUUUGUUUUGCUAAAACUCUAUUCAGUUAAGGUUUUUUUUCACCUCAGAGUGCUUUGUCCUCACAAUUUAAUUGUCAAGUUGCUGUCAAUUGUUCAUCACAGGCAAACACUAACAUUUUUGUGUGUCCGGACCUAAGAACAACAGCAUUUUUUCAACGAAAUUUUCUAACGUUAUUUUGCAGACGAAAUUUGUAAUAUUUUGCUAUGAGUUCCAAAAGAAAUCUUGCUAGCACUGAAUCGAAUGAGCGCUUCUUCUUAGAAAUGAUGUUCAAUUUGACUAUGGAGCCAGAACCCUCGGAGAUUUCGGAGGAGAAGUCGCCGAAGAAGCCGGACAAAGAGAUAAUCCCGGUCCUCCCCAAGGUUUCUCAGAUUGUCGAGUCACCAACAAAGACACAUUUAUUAGAGCCCACGUCCAUUCUACUCCCCAGGAGACAACUUUAGGGCUACUUUCAUUUUGGUUGACGGCCAUCAAUUUGCGGCUUAACCGCCUGGUCCUCACGGUAGCCAAUUAUGUGGAGGAGGACAAGAAUCGACCCACCAUCUCGCUGAGGUCUCUGAUGCCAUCCUAUCUGAAGUGGAAGAAACCCAAUGUCAUCUCUACCCUGAUCCGCUCCAGGCAGACACCAAAAUUGAAACUGAAGGACGUGAGGAGGGUGAUUGAGGGGUCCGUAGCCCAUCGCGCCCGCAAGGAAUGUGUUCAAAUCAUUUAUCACGACAUGAAAUAUUUCGAAUAAAUUCAAAUAUCGCGGUUUCAUUUGGAUUUAA